AUGGAUCACUCAGGUCCUUAUACGCAUCCUCGAGUUCUCACACCAGCUGAUCUCGAUCAUGCUCAAUUGCAUUGGCUGCUGAGAGUUGGUGGCCGUCUAAAACAUUCCGUUUUGGAUCCUGAUGAGAGGCAUCCAUAUAUCUUGCCAUCGACGUCUCCGUUUACACAUCUGGUCGUUGACAGGUGCCACCAGCGUACGCUUCAUGAGGAUACCCAACUCACACUAGCCACCUUGAGACGUCAAUUUUGGUUUCUUCGUGGUCGUCAGGUUGUUGAGUCUCGCAUUCCGCGAUGUGUAGUAUGUAUUCGUUAUCGUGCCGUCACUGUCACGCAGCUCAUGGGAAACCUCCCUUCAAAUCGCGUGCAGCGCACUCGGGCUUUUCUUCACAGUGGCGUGGAUUUUGCUGGUCCAAUAAGAAUACGAGCUGCCCCUGGACGUAGGAAAAGAUCGUAUAAAGGCUAUAUUGCGGUUUUUGUUUGCACGUCUACUCGUGCUGUACAUCUGGAGACAGUGUCUGAUUAUACUUCUCUGUCUUUUCUAGCCGCCUAUCGACGAUUUGCCUCACGACGAGGUAUUUCUUUCACUCCUGCAAGUGACCAGGGAACGAAUUUCGUCGGAGCCGAUGCUGAGCUAAGGGCACUCUUCGCGGAAGCGUCACGCACUUCGCAGGACAUCGUUGAUGCUCUGGCCAUGGACCAAACCACUUGGCUGUUCGUCGUGCCUUAA